AUGUCUGAAAGUCCAGUAGCAAAUGGUUUGUUCCGCCACAAUAAUAACACCCCUCCAGUGGAGACGAGUGUUCUAGCUCUUUUCUCACUAAAGGGCAAGACGGCCGUUGUCACUGGUGCAGCAUCGGGUAUUGGUCUACACGUUGUCCAUGCUCUAGCGGAGGCGGGCGCCAAUGUUGCUAUCUGGUAUAACAGAAACAGCAAAGCUAUUGAGGAAGCUGCGAGCAUUGAGGCGAAAUACGGUGUUAAGUGCCGCGCAUAUCAAAUAAACAUCAGAGAACCUAAGAACGUGGAGGACCUGUUAGACACUUGUGUCCGCGAGUUCAACGGUCGUUUAGAUAUUUUCGUUGCGAACUCGGGAAUUCCAUGGACUCAGGGUUCCAUGAUAGAUGCGCCCGUUGAGCACUACUCGGAUGUUACUCAAACAGAUUUGGAUGGCACAUUCUAUUGUGCGAGAGCAGCUGGAUACCAUUGGAGGAGGCAAAAGACUGAGGGUACAGAUAUCUUCGGCAGUCCUCUGCAAAAUUUCACCUACGGCAGUUUCGUCGCCACUGCUUCGAUGAGCGGCCAUAUUGUCAACGUACCACAGCUCCAGGCCGCAUAUAAUGCCGCUAAAGCCGGGGUGAUCCACCUGUGCAAAUCACUUGCGGUAGAAUGGGUUCGCUUCGCGCGUGCCAACACAAUAUCGCCUGGGUAUAUCGUUACUGAUAUAUCAACAUUUGUUCCGGACGAUACCAAAAAUAUCUGGAAGGAUAAGAUUCCGAUGGGCCGUGAAGGCCUACCACAUGAGCUCAAGGGUGCCUAUCUAUAUCUAGCUUCGGAUGCGUCGAGUUAUACCACUGGGGCCGACCUUGUUGUGGAUGGAGGAUAUACUCUCCCUUAG